AAGGGGACUACAGAGCGCAUUUGGCACACCAGAUGCUGAACCUUUAGGACAGACUGGGACAGCAGAGAAGCAUGUCUAGUUAAGCAUUUAGAUGUAUGUAGCACCUUAAUAGACAGUAAUAGUGAUGAGGAUGGAUAUUACGAGGAAAAAAAUCUGGAAUGCAAAGUGCAGCUGAGGCAUUGUAAAGAUGAAUUUGAAUCUUGAUUUCUCGAGAGGAAAAAAACGCAUGCACAUACUCGCCUCCUGAGCGCUGCUGGCCCUGAAGCCUGUGCCAAUAGAAUGUUCAUGUAAAGUGAUAGGCGUGCCCUGCAGCCAUGGCGGAACUUUACAGCGCGUCCUGCUAUACAAACACUCAGCCUACUGCCAGCAGCGGGACUGCACUCACACUCUAGAAAGCACCAGGUUCAAAACCUUUUAAAGCAACGGAUACAAAACAGAAAGGGACUGAAAAUAACGGAAAAGUGCCGAAGAGACUAAAGUCGAUCAUUCUUUGAGAGCUAAAAGAUAAAGGAAAUUGGGAAUGCGACUAAAUCAGGGUAGAUCAGUGUAAAGACUUGGAGGAUAAUCGGGGUUGUGCUUAUUCCGAUGACGGCAGGGUCUCCUUUACACUAACACACUAUUAAAACAAGCUCUCGAGUUCGGGAGGUCUCCGGGCUGAGCACUAUUGCGCGCGCGCUCUCUCCUUUCUCUCUCUCCCGUCUCUCUCUCUCUCUCUCUCGCGCGCGCGCUCUUGCUUUGCCGUGAUGGCUGAGGAGGACGGCGGCAUGGCGAGUCCAGCGGAGUGCAGCGCUCCAAACAGCAGCAGCUUCAGCGUACUCAGCUGGGAGCAGGUGCAACGGCUGGACAACAUACUGACCGAGACCAUACCAAUCCACGGCCGGGGCAACUUCCCCACGCUGGAGAUGCAGCCGCGGCAGAUUGUGAAGGCGGUGCGGAGUCGCCUGGAGCAGAGCGAGAUCCGAGUGCGCGACGUGCGCCUCAACGGCUCAGCGGCCAGCCACGUGCUGCACGAGGACAGCGGGCUCGGCUACAAGGACCUGGACCUGAUCUUCUGCGCCGAGCUUAAGGGCGAGAGCGAGUUCCAAACGGUCAAGGACAUAGUGCUGGACUGUCUACUGGACUUCCUUCCUGAAGGAGUCAAUAAAGAGAAAAUUACACCCUUGACCUUAAAGGAAGCUUAUGUUCAGAAGAUGGUGAAAGUAUGCAAUGACUCAGACCGCUGGAGCCUCAUCUCACUCUCUAACAACAGAGGCAAGAACGUGGAGCUCAAGUUUGUCGACUCAUUGCGACGGCAGUUUGAGUUCAGUGUGGACUCAUUUCAGAUCAAGCUAGACUCUCUGCUUCUGUUUUAUGAAUGCUCUGAGAACCCAAUGGCCAAAACGUUUCACCCGAGCAUCAUUGGGGAGAGUGUGUAUGGAGAUUUCAGCAUGGCCCUGGAACACCUGCGCAACAAGCUGAUCUGCACAAGGAACCCAGAGGAGAUCCGUGGUGGUGGUCUGCUCAAGUACUGCCAUCUACUGGUGAGGGGCUUCCGAGCAGACUCGGAGAGUGAGAUGAAGUCUCUGCAGCGCUACAUGUGCUCACGCUUCUUCAUUGAUUUCCCUGACAUCAACGAGCAGCAACGCAAACUGGAAUCCUAUCUCCAGAACCAUUUUGUGGGCUUGGAGGAUCGCAAAUAUGACUACCUGAUGACGUUGCACGGGGUGGUAAAUGAAAGCACAGUGUGCCUGAUGGGACACGAGCGGCGGCAGACAUUAGGGCUCAUUGCCAUGUUGGCUGUUCGUGUGUUGGCUGAGCAGAAUGUCAUACCCAAUGUGGCAAACGUCACCUGCUACUACCAGCCUGCCCCUUAUGUAGCCGAUGCCAACUUCAGCAAUUACUAUAUUGCGCAGGUGCAGCCAGUGUUUGCUUGCCAGCAGCACACAUACUCGACCUGGUUACCCUGCAACUGAGCAUAUGGUGAAUUGGAGAAUAAGAAGGGAAAAAAAAGGUUGUAUUUUCAUACAGAAGCUGAAUCAGAUUCACAAAUUUGUCCAGAGCAUUUCAGAGAAGUCCGAGCUAAAUGAUUGCGCUUUCCCGCUCUGAAUUAAGAGCCCCAUGAUUUCCAGAGUGCAUAUUAAAGCAAAAUUUGCAUUACAAAGGGGAAAAUGAGUCAGCUGACAGUAUUCUUGUUCUGAUUGUUAUUUCGACCAGCUUUGCUAAAAGAUGUCAGGAGGGUUCAGCGUGGCCCUAUCAUGCCCAUUUCUGGAAGGAUCUUUUAGAUUGCUUCAGAAGAAGCUCUAAAGUCCUAGAGAAUGCAACCAAUGGACAGUCGUUAAACAACUGGCAUCAAACUGGCUGACGUGCAUCAAAGACUGGCUUCAUUAGUGCUGAUUUAUGGAAAGCUUCCAUGCUGACCAUGCAGCAUCCAGCAGCCUUUCUUCAUGUGGUCUGCAAAGGUACAGAGGACCAAAAAUAGAGCUGGAGUCUUCUUUAAGCUCUUACUUUUGAUCUGACACAAAAAAAGGUGAGGGGACAACUUAUUUAAAAUGGCAAAAAUAAGUCAUAGAAAAAGGUCAUAUUCUUGAUAAGUGUUUACAAAACCAAAGAUUUUAUGAUUGUCUCUUUUUAUUGCCCAAAUUUGAAGGUAGUUCUGUCUAUAUUUGUAUAUGUGAAAUAAUCAUUCUAAGUGCCUAAUGCAGAAUGUUAAGGGAAUUAUGCUGAGCAUUCAGCUCUUGUGAAUUAACUAACCACGUCCAUGAUCAUCAUAAACAGCAAAAGGACUCAAAGAUUGUGAAUGUAUGGCCAAUUAGGGUGUAAUUUCAGGAGAUCAAUAUAGGUUCAGCAUUGCAGAUGAGAAAGUGAUUUUUAUUUUUUAUUUUUUUUCAAUUCAUAGAAGUGAGAUUAAGACAGAACAUAUCGAUAUUUGUGGUGCUCUAUUUUUGAAACACUGCGUCAAAACUGAAGAAAAUUAGUUAGCCACAUUAUCUAUCUCUUAAUUUAUUGUUGCUUGUAAUAUGAACAGGAGUCAAGCUGAAAUGACUUCUUUAACACAUUUGUUACUGUAUGUAUCAUAAAUAACAAGGAUAGAUUUUUCAGAUUUUUCAUUGCUUAAGCUCUGUAAGUUUUGGCAAAAUUCAGUCUUGCAGCAUGUCCUGUACAUUUUGUUUCACAUUGACUGUCGCUCUUGGCUUAUAAUAAGACAAAAACCCUGUGUCAGGUGAGAGAGGAAUGUCAAAGGCAUGGUGCACUAGAAAACAAAGAGCCAUGUUAUUUAACAACGUGAGGGGAGUGUGUUUCCCCACCGCCAUGAGGGAACAUAUUUGUUGAGGCACUUCUGAAGGUGGGACAGUAUUUGAUGUAACACCCUAGCAGGGAAUUCCUCAGUCGCCGCUGAAGCGCUGAGACUAAAACCGACUGUGUUCAUGCUUCCUUACUUGGGUUCACCGUUCUGUGUGUUUGUUAGCCCAGCAUUCAGCUCCUGUGAGCAGAGCAUAACCUGUUCUUGAUUAAUAGCGACAAGAGGAAGCAUGUCUGGAUGGCUGAGAUAUGUAAACUCGAGAUGGAGAAGGCAGGGAAUGAGAGAAUGUGUGAAAGAGCGCACGGGAGAACUGAGGAGGCGCAGAAGAGGGAGUGAGAGCUGGGGAGAUGGGUGCAGCUGGUGAAGGGGUUCGUCUCCUUUUGCAUAUAGUUUUUAAUCAGAGCUGCCUGGUAUGGCUCUAAAUGAUGUCGCUCUGAACCACAGAGAUUUAAAGAGACCUAACAAGGAAAAAUUUUGACCCAAUAUACUUAAAUAUAGUAUAUUUAAGUGUAAGCGCUAAAUAAUACUUUUUUCAUCAGGAGCAUUUAACUACAGAGUGAUAACCAAUGAUGUGCAUUCAUUAAAUACUGGUUUUAAAAUAGGAAACAUUUGUCAAAACCUAGUUGGGGUAUUUAAAAUGAUUUGAGAUUUGUCCCUGUCUUCUCCAUUCUGCCAGGUUUGGAUUGAUCAGGUUAGUUGUGUAUAGUAGCACAGUGCAGUGAUGCUGAGAGGAUCCUGGGCAAACUAUGAUGUGUGUCUACUGCUAUAUCAAGCAGAAUCUUAAAUGUUCUAUUUUUUUUUUCUAUCCUGCUAUUUUAUAUGCUCAUUUGUCAUUUUGUGAUUUACAUUCAACCUUGUUUGUUGGGGAACAUUUUAAUCAUAUUUGUUUGAGUCCUGUGGAUGGUACAGCAGGAAUUUACACAUUGCCCCAUGAAUACAUUGAGUUUAGUGUCGCUUUCUUUGGUGACCCAAAAAAAAAGUGAAUGAAAAACUUCUAAAUAAGUAGCAGACUAUCCCCUGUUGCACAGUGAUUUAAACCGCUUUAAAAUGUUAAAAUAAAAAAAGACAUUCUGUUUUUAGUUUGCCGUUUUCAUCAUAUUUGUUCUGAAUAAAUGCAUUAUACACCAUAAUUGUCAAUCUGCUUUGAAAUGUGUGAUCAAGCUGCUAAAUGUUUGAUUUUUUUUUUUUUUUUAAUCGCUCUUUUGCAAAUAUUGUUGAUGUGUCCAAUGGGUCGAACAUUUAAAGGUUUUUUUUUCUCAAUAAAAGAUGGAAAACACAA